AUGCGACGAGCGACGUCUUCGCGACUGUCGCCCGCAUCGCAUUCUCUCGCAACGGUGCUCCUCGCGCUGCGUCUCCUCCUCAUCGUCUCCCUGGCGGUUCUUUCCGCCACGUUCCCCCUAUCGUGGACUUCCGCCAGAUAUGUCUUCCGCAGACCCGCCGCGGAACCCGCGCAAGUUGUCGAGAAAUCCGCGCAAGUUGGGUUGGAAGCGCAGCAGUCGGCGGAACUUCAACUAGGGGAAAUCGCAACAGACGCUGAUCCUGUAGCAGUGGGGCCAGCAGCGGCGAGCAGCGUGGCGAGUAAAGCGCCGGGCAAUGCGGCAGAAAAUGCGGCGGGCAGAACGGGGCUUGCGCUCGACGCCCCGCACGUGAAGAUAUACGGAACGACUGAUGUGCUUAUAGAGAGGGUUGCCACGCUCUCCCCAUAUAACAGCCCCAACACCGACAGCAUUCUCUUUAGUGGGGUGGUGAAUGGCGUUGUGCGCAACAGCAGACUGGAAGGAGGUGACGAUAAUGUUGCCAUCAUUACCGGGUGCAGAAACAUCCUUAUAGAGAAUACGCAGUGUAUCAACGGGCACGGCAUAAGCAUCGGCAGUCUCGGCGGUGACGGGGAGCUGGGCUGUGUAUCCGACGUGACAGUAAGGAACGUGAGCCUAAGGGGGUCCAACAACGGCCUCCGAAUCAAGACCUACCAGCAGGGAGUGGGUCUCGUGAGCAACGUAACAUACGAGGACGUAACCGUAACCGACGUUACAUGGCCGAUCUUAAUCAACCAAUUCUACUGCGACAAAAAGACCGCGUCAGCCAGUAGCUGCCAGCUCAGCAGCACGGCUGUAGCGGUUACCAACAUUCGUUACAAGAACAUCCGCGGCACGGCGAACGGCACGGUCGGCGUGCUUCUAAACUGCAGCCAAUCAGUGCCAUGCUCUGGGAUAUCCUUUUCCAACAUCUACCUCACCUCCUCUCGCACUCCCAAGUCACCCAAUCAGUUGCUCAGCACUACUCUCAAGGAGAACAGGGUCGGAGUCAACGCAGCCAACUCAGUCAACUCGGUCAAUGGAGUCAACGGGGCUGAUCCAGACUCGCUAGCGCUUCUGAACCAGGAGACGCAAGUCAACAGAGUCAACAAGGGGGUAGCACCAGUCAACGGAGUCAACAAGGGCGUAGCACCAGUCAAGGGAGUCAACGGGGCUGGCCCAGACUCUAUAGAGCUGCUGAACCAGGAGACUCAAGUCAACGGAGUCAACAAGGGGGUAGCACCAGUCAAGGGAGUCAACCCUCUCUCUGCGCUGUUCGGAAUCGGCACCAGCAGCACCAGCAGCACUUCAGCCACUCAAAAAGCUGUUGGAGCCUCGGCAUUAUCGGAUCUAUCAGGAUCAGAUCUGCAGGCAAUACUCAACAACGCGUAUGGAACCACGGACGUGAAGACUGUGUCGGUUUUUAUAGCGGAGGCGCAGUGGGACGGUGCGACGCCCCCUGCUGCAGCAGCAGCAGCCAUCAGCAGAAUGGCAGCAAAGUGCAUUGCUGCCAUGUGGGUGGGGGUGCAUGUGACUACUGCCAUGUGGGUGGGGGUGUAUGUGAGUGCUGCUGAUGCUUGUAGCAGUGGUGCAGUGGAGGGUGUCUCGCCCCCUGCUGCAGGGACAGCAGCCACAGCAGAAUGGCUGCGAAAUGCAUCGCUCCCUCCCCCUCCGCCGUGGCCAAUCAACGAAGAGGGCGUCUUCAACGUGCUACAGUUCGGGGCGCGCGCGGACGGGCGCACGGACAACACGGACGCGUUUCUCCGCGCGCUGCAGACCGCGUGCGCGUGGGGGGAGGCGCGGAGCGCGUACGCGCGCGUGGUGGUCCCCGCGAGCGGCGGGCUGUUCCAGAUCUUCCCCGUCGAGGUGGAGGGGCCGUGCGGCACGGGGCUGGAGGUUCAGGUGGGUGCGAAGCGGUGUGGAGGGACCGUGCGGCACUGGGUUGGAAGUGCAGGUGGGUGGGAAGGGGUGAAAUGGGUGAGAAGCGGGGUGGAGCUGUGUGCGGUGCGGUGGGAGAGGAUAGCAUUGUGUAGCUGGCUCUUUCAGAUGUUCCCCGUCGAGCUGGAGGGGCCGUGCGGAGCAGGGCUGGAGGUUCAGAUCGACGUCACCUCCUACGCCAUGCCUCAAAACAGCAACGCGUUGCUUCACAUCUGGCGCUCCCCGCUCUCCCUCCCUUGUUUGUCUCUGCCCCUUCAUCAGAUCAACGGUGGAGUUGCCGCGCCUGCCAACGUCACCGCCUACCCCAUGCCUCAAGACAGCGACUCUUGGGCGCUCCUACUUUUCAGAGAGGUUCCGAACCUGACGAUUACAGGAGGCGGGUGGAUGGACGGGCAGGGGGGGGGGUUCUGGGCGCGGGGGAAGGGGAGCAAGCGGCCGGUGCUGCUGUUCCUCUCCCGAUGCGAUAACGCUACAGUGCAGGGCGUGACGUUGACGUGA